AUGAAGUCUCCUACUUCCGAAUUACCUGAACCUAUCGACUCCUCAUCUCCCACUCUACAUGCCGCCCUUCCACAAUCACCUUCUCCGAACGCGACUCCGACUUCAAUCCCCAACUCAAAUGCCGUAUCUGCCUCCGCUCCUUCUUCCCCCGAAGCAAGUCCUCAGAUCGAAAUCGCCGACCCGGAAGAUAUGGAACAAGACUCCAAUCACUCAAAUUGGAGGCCCUUGGAGGAAAUCGUCCGCCGUGAUUCUCAGUCGGACCUUAUUCAAGACAUCGCCGACAUGACUCCAUUGGUCGACUUGUUUCCACGGGUCCGUCCAGAGCUCAGUGCUUCGAACAGUGUCGCAAGAUUCAUUCAGAUCAUGGAUAAAGGUGAUAUGUACGAUGCUGCUGCCAUCAUACAGAAAGUCCAGACCUGGAUGGACCACUGUGCUCGUAACCUGGAUCUCUUGACCCUGCAAACCUAUGUCCAACAUGAGGACUUCUGGUCAAAUUUCCCGACCAUCGUGGAGUUUGUCCUCCGCCGCAAAACCGACCUUCCAAUCAACGACGGGGUGGGCUUGCUGCCCUGCCUCAAGAGGUUUCUUUUGGACUAUGUGCAGAUCACCCUCCACCUGAUUGAACAGGAUUCCAUCCUUUUGCAGGUCCUGGCCGACGAACCCGAUCAGCAAACACCAGAAAGCAUGUCAAAGUCUUAUCUGCAACAGCUGGGAUGGCUGGUCUCCUUUCAAAGCAUCCCGCUCUACGGCGCCCUGGACAGGAUGUAUGGUAGGGAAUUCCGAGCGGUAUUACUAGACGUCCGAGCCCAAACUCUUGGCCCGUUGAAUGCCGCCUCGAAGCUCUCUGACUAUUGCGCUCUUGCCCUCGAGCUCACCCCCAAACACCCCCAGCUUGUACAGAUGCUGUUUUUCUAUCUCACGACCAUCUGCGGCCUUCUUGACUGCACUUUGGAGUCACUAGAGAACACCGAUCUUCUCAUUUCAGAAACUACGAAUUCAACUACUGCCCCGAUCGAUCAGCUUUACACUACUCUCAGGUCGAUCGAUCUCAAAUACCAGGAAUGGAUCACAAAAAAAUCCCCCUGGGCCACGAGCGAUAUUAGUGACAUGGUCAUCGGGCGUCAGUUCCCUCGCAACCUGCAGGCUCUCUGCCGUCGUGGCGAUGAAUUUUUGCGCAGACUUUCACAGGACAUGGCGAUCGAUCUCCCUGACCAUACUAGCACCGACGAGAACACUCGCAUCCUUCUCGGGGGCUGGAAAUUUGGAAUCCUGAAGAAGCAUUUCAUGGAAGGCCGCAUGGAGCUUCGAGUCCAUGGUGUUGACAAAAUGCAGGCUGCACUGGUCGACGUAUGGAAGGAGUACAUUUCACAGAAUCCCGAUGGCAUCUCGGAUCCCUUUGUCCAGUAUCUCGUCCGCUUCAUCAAAGAAAACAAGAUAGUCGACUAUCUUGUGGGCGUUGAUUCGCAUCCUCAGCUGAUCGGUCGGAGCAGCAACAUCGUCGGGUUCUUGGUGGUGACAUCAACAUACACGGAUCGCGAAACAGAUGUCAUCUGGAAGGCUGUCACAGAAAGCCAAGACAGCCGUAUUGUCUCGGAGGUAUUGUCGAUGCUGACGAAGACUUUCUAUAUGCACACGACUGCCUCCCCAGCCUUACUCUACCUUUGCGAAAAGCUCUCUAGCCUCCCUCUCGACAAAUUCGACGCGGGCAUGCUCGAAUUUUGCGACAGCCUUCUUGGCCAAAUGACCCCCAGGCAUAAUCCUGGACACAUAUUCAUGGAUCAGUCAGACACUCAACAUGCAUAUGCGAUUCCUCUGCGGCUCUGUGUUCGUAUGAUCCGAGAGAGUACCGUGGCAGAAGAUCUGUCUGCGGACCAAAGGACGAAACUGCAAAGCUUUGGCAGUCGCAAGCUCUCCGAUUUCAUCAAGGCCGGCAUUGGUGAAGAUGACCGAAUGGAAAUCGCUCAGUGCCUCGUUCCCCAAUGGGACGCGUCGGAGAUGAGAAAGCUCGCAACGGAUUUCGACUUGACUCGACUGGUGAUCAACGACAUGUUGCAUACCGUUAACGGGACAAACUUUGAUCUCGCCGACUGUUUCUCCCAGCACGGCCUUGUGUCGCGAGUCGAAAUUUUAUCUCGGUUGAUCAACCAAGCCCCGGAGACUGUGACCCCGGAGCUCGGAAGUGCAUUGUGGAAUCAGAUACUCCUGUCGUCGAAACUAGGACCGGAAGGACACCGGACUGUCUGGGCCAUGAUGGUCAAUUCUUUGAGUCGCAGUGCCGCGCCGAACUCAUUUCUCGACCAAUGUAUCCAUGAACACAUGCCUCACCUGGCACCCAAGGACUACGACUUUGAACUCCUACUGUUUGCGAAACAGUCGGUCAAUUACGAAAUCCGAUUCAAACCACCCCCCGCAGCUGGUGAAAACGAGAUUGUAUUUAUCCCCGGAAUGGAUCGCAUUUGGGAUAUCAUACUCACCACUCCACCGGGUACGGUUGAGGCCGAUGCAACAAAAUUCGCCAUCGAGGUUUACUUGGAUCACCAGAUCAUUCAAACCGCUCCGCGAUCUGCCGUAGACGCUACCCAUGUUUCCAUUGUCGGCCGUUACGGUAUGGCUACGAAUGGAGCGACUGAGAUGGAGAUUGGUGAUGCGAGUGAAUCCGAAGAAUUAGAUGAACUCAUGUUCACACGUUCGCUCCUGUUUCUCCAUCAGCUUCUGGAGGGCCUGCGAACUCGUCCUCGGUACAGCCCUCCCCAAGGUUCGCCGCCAACCUUGCCUCAACGACCACUCCGAGGCAGCCCACUGGAUCUGAGAUGGCAAUCCUUCCGCGAUGGCAUCCAAUCACAGAUUCAAUCACUACGGAUCGGAGAUGAUUCCACGGCAGCAGAGUUGACAGAGAGACUCACCCAGCUCACUGGCUUUUCGAAGUUCUCAACGAUUGCUGCAGGUGCUCGUUUGGACCUGUUUGAGAAACCCGACACCCGCCUUAAGGAGAUCAAAGCUCUUCAGGCCGGCCUCCUGAUAAUUCGGAAGUCGCCAGAUGCCGAAGAGUUGCAACGCAGCAAUAAAUGUCAAUCACUUACAUCGGUGGACUCUGAGGUGAUGAAGUAUUUUGAUGAUAUCUACCAAUUCCUGGCGCUCAGUGAGCCGCUCGCCGAGCAGACCUUCACGUUCCUUACUGCCUUCCCGCCAAAUGAUUGGGUCUUGGAGCGUGUCAAGUCUCAGACUAGCAAUGCCAACGAUCUUUUCCCCUUUGAUCGGCCUUAUAUUGCUUUCUACAUGUUCCAUACAUUGCUUCAUUGCAUUGAGGACGAAGCUACUGAGGUGUCUCCAAACUAUGAUUUUAUCCGCCAUAGUAUUGAUGUUUUGCGUGACCUCUUGAUGGCCGACAAUUUAUCCAAGCUCCGGAGUGAAGACCUGAUCAUUUCCGCCCUUGCUAUGUCCGCAGUUGAUCUUCUGCUACGUCUGGUAUCAAUGUGUCCUGUGGAAAAUGACAAUCGCGUACUGUUUGCCGGCCCACAGCCACUCAUUAAACGGCUUCUGAAUUUUAUCGACAUUGCUCGCUCCUUUGACAGCCCUGCUUCAAUCCAGCUCGGCCAGGGGCUGACAUGUAACUCAUUUGCAGUUCUUGUCGAAGCUUCACUGCGAGAUCACACCUUUUGGACGACUUUGAAAGAUUCAAUCGCAGUUAACGAGUUGGUCCGGUCCCUUCUACUUGAACAGCCCCACCAGCCGAGCCGCAACGACGUGGCCGAGCGUAUCAAAAAAGCCUGUGGUUUACCGAAACCUUCGAAGAAGUCACCAAAUGGCAAGGUUGAUGAAGGGGCGGUCAUCUCUGUAUAUUCUACAGAGAAUCCCUCCCACAUUGACAUGCUUGCGACCAUCUGGCAAUCCUUGGUUAACAUCAUUCCAAAUUCGCUUUACUAUGCAACCCAGAGUGCAGAGCUUUUCAAGGUCGCCCUUUCGGUUUUCCAAUCAGUUACAGGGUCGACCCAUUGCGAUGCGACUCUAGAUCGCUACGUCGAUGAGUGGAGUGAGGUAUUGUUUCAGCGACUGGCCUUACGCACCGAGGAGUUUGUUGGCCGAGAGACCGUCGAUCAUCUUGUCUUCGGCAUUGCUGUUCUGCUUGAGCAGUGUCUUGAAACGGCUGAUUUGACCCAGUGGUAUCGGCGAGAAAAUUCUCAGCGAACAUCUUUUCCCAAGCUUUUCCCGGACCCUCCCCCGGAUUCCGACCUCAUGAUUGAGCCACGAGUCCCUGUUCUACACAGCGCAACGCGCCACAAACUUUUAAGCAUUGUCUAUUUGCUUUCAAAGCAAAGCGACGAAAACACCGCGUGUACCAUCAAGCAGCUGGACGGUCUUAUUCCCCGAGGUCAGUCCAAUCUCCGCUCGCUUCGCUGUUCAAAUAUCCUCUUUUCUGACGCGUGGAACGAAGACCACCAAUACAAUGGAUCCUGGAUUGUCGACCGUGCAAAGACACUUCGGGCCCCGGAGGGCUAUGCCGGCCUUACCAAUCUCUCGAAUACGUGCUACCUGAACUCACUGAUGACGCAACUCUUCAUGAAUGUCGAGUUCCGCGACUUCAUCUUGAAGCUUAAGCUCGUUGAGUCUGACACUUCCCAAAGGCUUCUUGACCAGACCCAGAAAGUUUUCGCUUUGAUGCAAAACUCGUGGUUGAAAAGUGUUGAUCCAAUCGACUUUGUCGAGAGUAUCAGGACAUAUGACAAUGAGGCGAUUGAUGUCACCAUUCAAAUGGAUGUUGAUGAGUUUUACAAUCUCCUCUUUGAUCGCUGCGAGGCCCAAAUCGUCGCCCCCGAGGAGAAGAAGAGGUUCCGGUCUUUCUACGGUGGGCAACUCGUUCAACAGAUCAAGUCGAAAGAGUGCCCGCACAUCUCAGAAAGGUUGGAGCCGUUCUCUGCCAUUCAAUGUGACAUCAAGGGGAAGGCCAGUCUUGAGGAGAGUUUGCAGGCAUACGUUCGAGGGGCCUGUCUGAAAGAUGUGCCAGACAAUCUGAUCUUCCACCUAAAACGAUUUGAUUUCGAUAUGGUGACCAUGCUGCGAAGCAAGAUCAACGAUCAAUUCCAGUUCCCCGAUCUCAUCGACAUGACACCAUACAAUGUCGAGUAUCUGUCGGAACCAGAGAAAUCCGCUGAGCCAGAUAUCUUUGAGCUCGUCGGAGUGCUUGUUCAUACUGGCACUGCUGAAUCGGGACACUACUACUCGUACACCCGCGAGCGGCCCAGCACCGAAAAUUCACCUUCCUGGGUGGAGUUCAACGACGCGGAUGUUAGCACAUUCGACCCGACGAAUAUUGCAGAUCAAUGCUUCGGUGGCCAGACAGAGGCCAUGCACAACCUGGGCGGUGUUCCAAUGAAUAAGCUCUGGAGCGCUUACAUGUUGUUCUAUCAACGUGUUUCUUCCAUUGAGAAAUCCAAGCAAAUCUACAAGCCCGCCAAGCCCGGCGUCCCAGUCAGCGCGUCGGUACCAAUUCCGCUGGCCAACCAGAUCACCAUGGAAAAUGAAGUCUUCAUCCGGGCUUAUUGCUUGCUGGAUCCUUUGUAUGCCAGCCUUGUGGUUCAUCAAUUGCGGCUUGUCCAGGAGAUAUCUCCAAGCUACCCAGACAAGCAGACUUCCGAAUCAUUAGCUGUCAGCGUUGGAUUGGAUACAUUUGAGCAGUUGAUCGCAAGAAACAAAGGUCACAUGGGGGCUGAGGAUAUUGUCAGUGAGCUUCACGGAAUGCUGCGCCGGAGCCCACAGACAGCUUCCCGGGCGCUCUGGUGGUUUUGCGAGCAUCCAACUUCAAUCGGAAAUCUGGUUCUCAAGACUGCGAACGCGGAUGCCGAAAUUCGCCAGCGUGGGCUGCUUAUGAUCACUUCGGCACUGAAGCUUUAUCAGAAACACCUGUCCCAGAUGGACUUGGAUGAUAGUGAACGAAAGACUUGCCAAGUUCAGUUUGAGCGAAUUGUCGAGAACAUUGUCGAUCUUUUCGAAGAGCUCUGGCCAAAUGUUCUCACAGUGGCUCGUGCCUGGGAUGACUACUUCGACUUCUUCUCUCGUCUCGCACAGGCCGGUAUGAGUCAUGUUGGCGUUAUGCUGGAUCAUGGGAUCCUUGUCAAGUGUCUGGACGUGCUCUGGCUCGACCAUAAUGAUAAAGCAAGACUGAGGGGCUCAUACCUGCAUUAUAGCAGGCUGGUGGAGAAGGGACGUCGCUUCUCAUACGGUCAAUUGAUGCACCUCUGUACGACGCUAGUGGCGUCGCUUGACUUCUCCCUGACUCCGGUUCUUGCUAACGAACAGCGGAUCUUGUCUGCGAGGGGAAAGUAUGCCCCCAAUGUCAAGGAAGCAAAGAUGCUCUUGUCCACAAACGAUGACGGGUAUAUUCCAUUGUUGAUGAAGCUCUUCCAAACUGAAAACUUCUCCGAAUUGACAAACACUCGGUACAUCAUUGAAUCCUAUCUCCAGUCGGAGCCUGGUUCAGGGUUCCUUCACAAUAUUGUCAAGACACUAGAGAAUGGUCUGCGGCUAUCACCGGUUGAAGUCUGCAUUCCAUACCUUGACGCCACGCUUGUAUUUUGCCAGAAGAGUCCGGACAAGAGGAGUGUCCUCGGUCUGAUUGACCACGUCGCAAAGGGAGUCGAGUCGAUAAACAAUGUGGCGGGACUAGACCAUCUAGAGUUCUUCAUUUUCCUAUGCAAAUCUGAGAAUGAACGGGCCGGGCUAUCUCGCGCAUGGUUCAACCAAGCCGUUCAAGAUCACAUCCCGGACUUUGCACCGACCCUACUCAUCGACACGGACCGAAGGGUGCGCAAUAGUACUUAUGAGCUCGUUGAUGGUUUGUUGUUUGUCGAACAUGAUGACUUGUAUGAUGAAGCCAAGGCGCAUCGCUCAAUGAUUGCCCAUGAACUGGUCGCUGCCUGUCUUCUGCGUAUCUCUCACACCUUUACCGAAAGCAGUUCACUCCCGUCUGUUGAGUCGAGACAAGUUUCCGCCAUUACCUCUGCCAUUCGCUGUUGUCUGGAUUUAUAUUACGAUGACAGCGAGCAGGACUUGAAGGCUAUGGAAGAAGCUAAUCAAACCCUCCUCAUCCUGGAUCAAUUGACGGUCGAAGUCGCCGACGACCUCGAAUCAGGUAUGCGUCCCUUUGCACCACGCAUUCGCCUCCAUCUCAACCCCAAUUCCAAGCCCAAUUUCUAA